CGGGCCCCGCGAGCACCCAGUCCGCGCUCGAAGCCCGUCCGUCGCGCACGCAUCUCCCUAUCCGUUGCAAAAUGAACAUUGACGUCUAAAUUUCUCAAAAUUUUUUAAUAAAAAAUGUUUUAAAAAUUUCCAAACAAAAAACACUCGUAAAAUCACAAACGUAUCGCAUAAAAUGAAAGUGAAAUCAACAGAGCAGUGACCGAAGCAACAUGUUGAGCGAAAAUAGAUGGAAAGUGAUAUUGCUCGUGGUCGCGUCCAUCGCGGCCAUCGAGGCGAGCCGCGCGUUGAGCAUAGUAUACCAAAAACCCAGAACUACCCCAAUGUUUGUACCGAAAAAUUUUUACAGGCGAGCGAAACAGUCUCGGGUAUUGUUCUUGGACGAGAAUGAAAAUCAUCAGCCACUGGGUCGCGGUGAGAUAGAUUUGACGACAGAUAAGUAUACUUCGAAGAUAAAAUUUGAUGAUGCGACGGAUUACGAGUUCACUUCACCUGACGAAAGUACGAGCUCCACAAAAAUUCUAGACGAAACUCCUUCCGGUAACGAUAGGUUCUAUGAACCGUUACCGCGGUUUCGAGCGCCUGCUUUCCAAGUAUAUCCUAAGUAUUAUCAGGGGCGAUUCGGUCGUCCUUAUGCUCCCGGCUAUGCUUUCGAUCCGUAUACAUUCGCUCCGGCUGUGCGGAAUGGGUUUUAUGGACCAAAUAGUGGUUGGAAGGCGCGAAGUCCCCGUGUUGUGUUUCCGUACGCGUCAGACAAUGUGAACUCGGUGCAAACGAACUCGCACGCCGGGCCUAAUGUGAACGAUAACGUUGUGUUCCGUGAACAAAACUUUGGCACAAAUGACAUCGGUGCGGAGGAACAGAGUUUACAGGACAUCGGCACGGGCAGUGCGGAUGCCUUCGCGGAGAGAGAUGCCAAUGACUCACAUCGAGCUCGAAACGACGAAAAGAGAAAUGAUUUUAGAAUUAAAAAAAUCGGCACACCAUUGAAACUGGAGAAACCGAUGUUUGUUCAGACUGGGAUAACGAAAAAUGUACAAUAUUUAAAAAGGCGCGAUAUAUUCGUGUAUCCGAAUGAAACAGAGGCUGUGUUACCAAAGUUCAAACCUAUAACAGAUGCUCAAAUGAUGAGAAUUAGUGAGAUAUUAAAAGAAAUGACAGAAAGUACAAAGGAGAGUACAAAUAGUUUAAGAAAAGGACGUCUCUUAGACAGUACUGCGCAAGUGAGCGCUUCCACCCAGGAAGAAAUUAACUCAGACAUUAUCGAAUCAACUUUAGAUAGACAAGACGAUAAAAAGUGCUUCCAAGGUGGUACAUGUGAAUUCUUUAUGUACUGUUGGAUGGUUGGUGGUUUAUUGGACGGUUCUUGUGGAGGUUUGCUCAAAGGUUGCUGCCAUAGAAAUUCUAAAGCCGGGAUCUUGGGAGUUCAAGACUCGAACAGCUUAGAUUAUUCAUCGAAUGAGGGACUGAGCUAUGGUCCCGUUAUAAAUGAUGAAAGUUGUGGUAUAGCGGUGAACAAGCAGACAGCUCAACGACGGAUCGUGGGCGGUGAUGACGCUGGAUUCGGCACCUUCCCCUGGCAGGCGUACAUACGGAUCGGAUCGUCCAGAUGCAACAUGCUCAUGUCGAUAUUCGAGCUUAUUGGUUGGAAGCAGUGUUGGAUAGAGAGAUGUGGAGGCUCGUUAAUCUCUCGCCGUCAUGUUGUGACCGCUGGUCACUGCGUUGCGCGCGCGCAGCCGCGCCACGUAAGAGUGACCCUCGGAGACUACGUCAUCAAUUCUGCGGCUGAGCCGCUUCCCGCGUACACGUUCGGUGUUCGAACGAUCAAAGUACAUCCCCUGUUCAAGUUUACACCUCAAGCUGAUCGGUUUGACGUCGCCGUGCUGACGCUCGAUCGUAAUGUGCAUUACAUGCCUCAUAUAGCGCCAAUUUGCUUGCCGGAGCGAGGAUCUGACUUCCUGGGACAGUACGGUUGGGCCGCGGGCUGGGGCGCGCUAAGUCCUGGAUCUAGGCUACGCCCGCGCACCCUGCAGGCCGUCGACGUGCCCGUACUAGACAACAGAGUGUGCGAACGGUGGCAUCGUGCUAAUGGUAUUAACGUAGUCAUAUACCCCGAGAUGCUGUGCGCUGGCUACCGGGGUGGGGGGAAGGACAGCUGUCAGGGCGACAGUGGCGGGCCUCUGAUGUUGGAGAGGGCGGGGCGCUGGUACCUCAUCGGUGUCGUAUCCGCGGGCUAUUCUUGUGCUAGCCGCGGCCAGCCCGGCAUCUAUCAUCGUGUCGCUCAUACAGUAGACUGGAUAUCACAUGCAACAACGCUAUCAUAGCGUUAGUAACAAGUCUUGAGGGAAGUUAACAUAAAGGUGAAUCUCCACUGUAUUACAAUAUUGCCAUCCCUAGCAUACUCUUUGAAAAAACAGAGAAAGCAAUAGUGUUUGUAUAGACGAAAUUUUAGAUGUGUGAAAAUUUCGUAUUCAGUGAAGAAAAAGCGUCAGUGAUAGUGAAGUGUCUGUGACUUGUCGAAUGUCAGUAGAUUUUGAUACAAAGAUUUUUUUUUUGUAAAAUCCUUUUUUAAAUGUCACUGGCUCAAUGCGGUGUCUAUUAAUGUUACCACCAAAAAGUUGAAGCUUAUUUUAAGUUUACUGAUUGUAAAGUAUAUAAGAAUAAUUGCUUACAUCUGUCGAUAUUUUUUUUAAUUAAUUAAAAUGAUCAAAAUAAACUAAAACAACAUAUCGGAAAUUCAAAGUACUGGCUAGAAACAUUUUUGUUUAUCAAAUUGUUACCUGGUCUGCUAUAUUAACCUAUACG